AUGACCAGUCGCUGGCUCGAACAUUUCCAGAAUCACGGCAGUCGAAGAAAUGGCACGGCGACAGACAGCAAGCGCAACUCCAAGGACGGAUCUCGAGCUCCAUGUAGCAGGCUUUACAGCUAUCCGGAUCACAGCAGCAAGCGUGAUUCAGCCUUCAGUGAAGUGACGAUGGUUGCGCCAUUCACUCCCAUUUCAGUCCUUCAUCUGAACACCUUUGGACCAAGCAGCAGCAGUGUUGAGGACGAGAUUGAGACCCGAACUGAGCGUUAUUCAUCGUCCAAUAUUGCCAAAGAAUCGAGAAAUUCAGUUUGUUAAUCGUCAGAUGUCUAAUAUGAGGAAACUUUCGCCAACUAUACGGACGGACCGGUUACGUCAUCAGGGCGAAAA